GCGCCGAGGUGUGGCAGGCCCUGCGCGCCGCGCUCGAGAUCCUCUGGGAGGCGGACCGCGACCGCGCCGCCGCCGCCGCCGCUGCCAGGCGGAGGCCGGGGCCUCUGGACGGCGGCGGCGGCGGCGGCGGGGAGGAGGAGGACGACGACGACGAAGGGGAGGAGAGCGGCGGCGGGCGGGACGACGACGACGACGUCGCGCUCGCCACGGCGCAGAGCAUCCUCGACGCCGGGGAGAUCACCCUGCCCACGGGCGACCUGGCGCAGGGCGCGUACGACGCCCUGGGCAACUACUACGCCCUGCCCGAGUGGAUCGCCAGCGACCCGUCCAACAUGGUGCCCGACGGCGACGACGACGAUCACGGGGAAAAGGAGCUGGACGACGACGACCUCGACGACCUCGACGGGGGCAUGUCGAGCGAGUGCACCGAGACCGAGGACGAGGGCGAGGUGGUGGGCACGGGCACGGGCAGUCCCGCCGCCGCCCCGCGCAGCGGCGCAGAGGAGAAGAGGCGGCGCCACGGCCGCCGCGGCCGCCGCGAUGAGAAGGGCAAGGCCGUGGCGCACGAGCAGCCCGGCGGGGACGGCGACGACGGCGGCGGCGGCGGCGAGAAGGACACGGUCGCCGUGCGGGCCCGGCUGAGCGAGAACGGGCGGGACGUCGUCGUGCGCGUCGGGCGCGGGGACCACGUCAAGGCGCUGGAGAGGCGGGUUCUGGACAAGGCCCAGCUCGCCCCGACGGCCAAGAUACGCAUCGCCUACCUCGGCAAGAUCCUCCGCGAGCACUCGUCCCUGGCCUCGCAGGGCUGGCAGGAGGGCCACAUUGUCAACGCACUCGUCUUUCACAGCAGUUGA